AUGAUGACGGUGGUUCAAAUGUCAUCAAGAAGGAUGCUUCCGCUUAGUUUGCUACUUCUCAUUGUUGCCAUUACCUCUUCACAUCAAUAUUAUGAUCCGACCACACGAGAUUAUGUCGAAACAUGUGAUGAAAUGGCUCAGUUAGCUGGCGACAAUUUUUGCAGGGUAUUCGAUAUUUGCUGUCGGGAUCGUGCAAAGAAUAAAUUGAAUGGCGAUCGAUGUCAACUGACUGAUCCCACCAAUGGAUGUCAACUCACUCCUGAGGGUAAUGUGAAGUUUCUACGAUGUCGUGCUUAUAAUUGUACUCCCGAAGUGACAACCACCACAACAACCACAACAACCACAGCACGUGCACUUUUUCUGAGUUCGUCAUCAACAUGUAUCAAGGCAGGUGCAUUUAUUACCGUAGUCGCACUUGCAGCAGCUUUUCAACUCAGCUUCAGGCAAUAUUGUCAUUAG